AUUUAUAAUCAAAACUACAACAGCAGCCUAUUAUGAAGUCACUACUAUCCGUACAAUCCCACGUAGUACACGGCUACGUUGGAGGGCGAGCCGCUAUAUUCCCCUUGCAAACCCAAGGAUGGGAAGUAGAUAAUAUCAACACUGUGAAUUUCUCCAAUCAUACCGGUUACGGCUCGUUUGCUGGGUCCAGUCUUGCUCCUGAAGAACUUGACUCUAUAUUGACUCAACUUGAAACUAAAUUGAACGUGCAGUACAAAGCUUUAGUUAGUGGAUAUAUCCCCAAUGCUGACCUCAUCCGGACGUUAUCUCAGCAUCUUCCAAGAUUGAAACGAGAUGGGGGAUAUUAUUUGUUGGAUCCGGUGAUGGGCGAUAAUAAUUACAUGUAUGUUGACAAAUCAUGCAUCAAGGAGUACCAAAACAUAUUACUUUUGGAUGACCUCGUGGAUAUAAUAACCCCUAAUCAAUUCGAACUCGAGUUGUUGACCGGUUUGCGCAUCACCUGUAAACUUACAUUGAUACAGGCCAUUAAUAAACUUCAUCAAGAGUAUAAUAUUCCGUACAUUGUCAUUACCUCGGUUAGUGGGGAGAUAUUUGAUUCCCAAACUAAUGAUAUUUUCUGCGUGGUCAGCAGCAGUCAAGGAUGUAAGGUGUUUAAAGUACCCAUGAUAAAGAGUUAUUUUACGGGAGUAGGAGAUUUAUUCCUGGCUUUGUUGGUGGAUAGAUUAGAAAAGAAUGAUAUGGAUUUAUCCACUCUGGUUAAUCAAGUUUUAACUAUUGUAAGCUGGACUUUGAAGUUGACACAUAAGUCUGCUUUGCUUGCUCAGAGAGCUGCAGCAAAGAAUGAAAAUGCAGGAGAAUUGGUUGGGAAAAUUAACGAUGCUGAUACGAUGAAGUACUUGGAACUUCGCAUCAUCCAAGCCAGAGAUUAUUACAGUUACGAUGGACCAGGAGAGUUUGUAGAAACGGAUAUGGAUAGACUUUUAGACUAAUAGAUACAAUAAAAUAUGCAUUCUAUAU